AUGUGGGAUUUUGCUUUGGCGUACUAUAGGAAGCCGUUCGAUCGGGAUGCGCGGUCAAUUGUCGGUGAAAUGUCCGAGUGGAUGCGAGGAGCGUACACACCAUUUUCCUUAGCAAAUUUUGAGAAUUUUGCAACGCCACCCCUGGCAGCGUUUUGGCAGGAAGCGAAGUCGUCAAAAGAGAGAGCUCAUCUGGAGCCUGAGCUUCCCGAACUAGCGCUGGUUGUGUUGGCUAUGGCUGUAAAUACAGCUACCUGCGAGCGAUACUUCUCAGUGUUGGCGCUCAUUCACUCUGCUCGGCGAAACAAGAUGAACUCCGAAAAAGCAAGAACAAUUGCAGCUGUUCGGGGCCAAGUACGAGACCGCGACCGACCGGAUCCCAACGAGCUCAAAAAGGUGAUGGAGUUGUUUUCUCCACCUCGGAAACGCCGUGGCGAUGAACAACUCGGCUUAGCUAUCCAAAGAACCCCUGGUCAUCAUCCUUCUGUUCGUCGUGAUCUGUCUUCGCUGUUCGCAGAUGCCCAGAGCCAGAGUAACCAUGCGGCAGACGAUUUAGAAGCUGGAAGUGAGGAUGAAGAAGUCAGCGAGAAUGAUGAUGACCAAGAUCCAUUUGAGCAUUGGGAUGAGGUUUUUCAAGAGCUUGUUGAGGACGAUCGCGACCAAUUUCAAGAGCCGCAGCCCCGCAACGACGCAUUCACUGUGCUGGGUCCGCCAAACAAUCCGCCAUUUCCAUCUUACAACGAUGAAAACUUCCCCCAAGAGCGAACACUGACUAGGAUCCGAUCGACGAAGGUUAUGCUUAGUGAGCUAUUUGGUGUUGCUACUACCUAG